AGGAAGGGAAGAAUAAAUCUAAUGAUCCUAGCAUUGAUAGAAAAGAGGAUGAUAUGUUUGAGUUAGUUGGAACACCAGCAACUAAAGAUUUUAGUGACUUGAUGAAGAAAGCUAAGGAGCUUAUUUUUUGCUCCAAGAACCACUCUUGGGUCUCAACCAGGCAUCAAAAGUACAAUGGCUACUCAGGAUGCAAUUCAUAAAGCCCAUAUUGUAGUUGCAGAAUUCUUCUAUGAGUUGAUCUGUUGAUGCAAGCUAUGGCUGAGAAUGAUGUUAAUGACAUUCCUGGAGGAAGUGGAGCUACAAGUAGGAAAAGAGGUCGCAAUGAAGGCGAUGAUGGAGAUGAUUGUAGCACAGCAAUUGGCAUGGUGUCCUCAAGCAGUGAUUCAUCGUAUGCUAGUGGUGGUGAAUGAGAUGACGUUGAAGUUGUAUUUGAUAGUUGUUCACUUGUUUGAGUUUGAG